GUGACCCCGCUGAGUGACCCCCAGCGCCUGUCCCCCCGCAAGGAACGGGGACGGAGAACCCCGGGGUACCCAGUGCUCAUCGAGCCAUCCAACAAGAGACACUGACCCAGGCCAAACAGCGGGUCCCUCCUCCACCCUCCCACUCCUAGGCCCAGACGCCCCUGGACAAUUCAUCUUUCCUCAGAACGUCCGGGUCUCCUCCGGCGGCCCCCUUGGCCAGGCUGUCUGCUGCUGACGCCAGCCUCGCGGCCCACUCGAGACGGUUUUGGGGGGUUCCAUUUAGCUGUUGACUUUGCAGCCGAGCCCAUCGACCUCCCAGCCUGCGUCUCUCUCGGCUUCCUCCCCGCGACGACAGCAGCGGCUUAGCCUUCCCCGCUGGCCACGGCAGCCGAGGGCCGGGCAGAGGCGAUAGGAGCGUGAAGCGGGACCACCGUCUGCCAGGACACGCAGCUACUCAAAGCCGGGAGAGGUGGCAGGGGGGGCCCACGCGCUGCAGUCGGUGCCCCCGGGUCAGCCGGGGCCAGUGCUGAGCAGGGCUGUGGGAUCCAGCAGCCUGCAGGCGCCGCCUGGAGGGGAAGAACACCACACUCUCGCUCGUCAGCAUCCGCGGGGGAAAGAAACCUGACGGGCGUCCUUCAGCAGCUGGCUGGCGACGGGCUCUGGAGGUGGCAGCGCCUCCUGCAGGUCACAGUCAUGAGGUGCAGGUUUCAGAGACUCCAGAGACAGUGAGGAACAAAUCAGAAGCCACCUGCUAACAGGGGCUGUGCUGGCAGCUGGCCCCUCCUCACCUGAGCUCCUUCUCUGCCAGAGGGCUCGGUGCCCAGCCCGACGCCCAGGCCUUGUCUAACGGGAGGUUCCCUGACGGCCACCCCUGAGAGGCUGCACUCCUCUGAGCUUGCUGCUGCCUGGCUGGAACGAGCCCCCGUCCCAUAACUCUUCCCAGGGCUGCCUCUGCCUCCGGUCUCCACCCAUCACAGCCCCGGACACCCUUUGCCUGCAAGUCCAGAUCUUAAAGCCACAUUCUUCUGCCUGUCCGUCCCACCACCGACUCCUCCGAGCAAGGACCCCGCCCAUCCCGCCCUCCGCCGGGAUGAACGAGAUCCCGGACCUGGCAUCCCAGUCCUCCCUGGGGGUGGUCUCGGCCACCUGCGUCUCCAAAGUAGAGCUGCGGGUCAGCUGCAAACACCUGCUCGACCGGGACACGCUCAACAAGUCGGACCCCUGUGUGGUGCUGCUCAUGCAGUCCCAGGGCCAGUGGAUGGAGGUGGACAGGAGCGAGGUCAUCAAGAGCAACCUGCACCCCGUCUUCUCCAAGGUCUUCACGGUGGACUAUUACUUCGAGGAAGUGCAGAAGCUGCGGUUCGAGGUGUACGACAGUCACGGGCACUCCAGCCUCGGGACACACGAUGACGACUUCCUGGGGGGCAUGGAGUGCACAGUGGGCCAGAUUGUGGCCCAGAAGCGGGUGACCAAGCCGCUGUUUCUCAAGUACGGGAAGUACGCCGGCAAGUCCACCAUCACGGUGCUGUCAGAGGAGAUUUCCGGCAACAAUGGCUACGUGGAGCUGGCGUUCCGGGCCAAGAAGCUGGAUGACAAGGAUCUCUUCAGCAAGUCGGAUCCUUUCCUGGAGAUCUACCGGAUCAACGACGAUGGGAGCGAGCAGCUGGUGCACCGCACCGAGGUGGUCAAGAACAACCUGAGCCCCGUGUGGGAGCCAUUCAAGGUCUCGCUGAACUCGCUGUGCAGCUGCGAGGAGAAGAGGAAGCUGAGGUGUGUCGUCUGGGACUACGACUCCCGGGGGAAACACGACUUCAUCGGAGAGUUUUACACCACGUUUGAGGAAAUGCAGAAAGCAAAUGGGGAGAACAAGGUCCAGUGGGACUGCAUGAACCCCAAGUACAAAAUCAAGAAGCGAAAUUACAAGAACUCAGGCGUGGUGAUCUUACUGGAGCUGAAGCUCCACAGGGUGUACUCCUUCCUGGAUUACAUCAUGGGCGGAUGCCAGAUCCACUUCACGGUGGCUAUUGACUUCACAGCGUCGAACGGAGACCCCCGGAACAGCUGCUCUCUGCACUACAUCAACCCCUACCAGCCCAACGAGUACCUGAAGGCGCUGGUGGCAGUGGGAGAGAUUUGCCAGGACUACGACAGCGACAAGAAAUUCUCUGCCUUAGGGUUUGGCGCAAGGAUCCCACCCAAGUAUGAGGUUUCCCAUGAUUUCGCCAUCAACUUCAAUCCGGAUGAUGAUGAGUGUGAAGGAAUUCAGGGCGUGGUGGAAUCCUACCAGAACUGCCUGCCGAAAAUCCAGCUCUACGGCCCCACCAACGUGUCCCCCAUCAUCUCCAAGGUGGCCAGGGUGGCGGCAGCGGAGGAGAGAACGAAGGAGGCCUCUCAGUACUACAUCCUGCUGAUUCUGACGGAUGGGGUGGUGACCGACAUGGCCGACACGCGGGAGGCCAUCGUGCGGGCCUCCUACCUCCCCAUGUCCAUCAUCAUCGUAGGAGUGGGCAACGCGGACUUCACCGACAUGCAGAUCCUGGACGGCGACGACGGGGUCCUGCGCUCCCCGAAGGGGGAGCCCGUCCUCCGGGACAUCGUGCAGUUCGUCCCCUUCAGAGAUUUCAAGAACGCCUCGCCCACGGCCCUGGCGAAGUGCGUGCUGGCCGAGGUGCCGAAGCAGGUGGUGGAAUAUUACAGCUACAAAGCCCUACCGCCCCCGUGUCCCAACGCCGAUUCGCCCGACUCCACCCUCAACUCGCCCCAGUGAGGGCCCGCCCCGCUCCGGUGCCACCUGCCAGCCUUCAUCCCUCAGCCCGUUCCACGAUGGACAAAGAAAUAAAAGGAAAAGGAGAGCAAGAGUGUGUCACUGUCUGAAUCGUACAGGCUCCCCCCAGCAGCGAGCGCUGGGCCCCAGGCAGCCUCCCCCACCGCCCACACGUCACCCUGCACCCCCUGCCUCCCCCGGCUGGGUAAAGCCUUGUAUUGCCUUCCUCACGCCGUCUGAAGGACCCAGCCAGCGGGCUGAGCCUGGGAGUGCUGGCCUGGGGGCCAGCCGUGCAAAGGCCGGGGGAAGUGAGGGGGGAGGGGCAUGCUUUGCUGGUUUCUCACUCGGGACGGGUCCCUGCUCAGUUUGAGAAUGAGCUUCCGGCUUCUGGGCGUGAUGUAGUGACCUGGCAAAGGGCCUGGCAUGGCCUUGGAUGCAGAGAGGUGGGUGUUUACAGUGUGAUGGAAUCAGGCAGGCAAGGGGAGAGAGAGUUGCAGUGGCUGGUUAGCCAGCAGAGAGUGAGUGAGGGGCUGGCUGGACCGGGGGAUGGUGAUGCAGAGCAGAGCCCGCUGCCUCUAGGGCACUGGUUUGGAGGUCCCAGGAGUACUAGGAACGGGAUAGGGAGCUGUUCAGCCUGGCUCACGGGUUCUAGUGGCUGACAGCUCUUGGGUGAGUGACCCAUUUGUGCAAUGAGUUUGCUGGGUCUCAGGCCAGAUGUUAGUGGUCAGGCAUCCCCAGCACCUAGUGCUUAAAGUGCUGGCUCAGUUCUUGAAAUAAAAUUUCUAAGUGAGCUGGGAGACUCCCCCUGAUUGGCUGUUUCUCCCCUUUGCCUGCCUCCGGGGGAAGAACAGCCAGUCAGAUCUGCUGCAGGGAAUAUACACCUAUGCACACAAUGUAGAAUCCCCUCUGUCUGCAAGAGCUUCUUGUCUGCUCCCACGCUGCAUGAUCUCCCAUCUUCGGCCCAGAUCCCCAGUCCUGGACCAGCAGUCUCCCUGACUGUGGAUCAUGUCAGCAUCCCCCGGGGUAACCCCUGCUGCCUGGCAAAGAAGCAUGGGAAGGAACCUGACCAUCCUUUGCAAUGGGUCUGACGUGGCCUCUUAACUGGAUGGCAUGUACCCAGCACAGCAGACGUGCCGGGGGCCUCAGUGCAUUGGGCUGAGGCCAGGUGAGAACUCCCAAGAUGGCAUGAGAUGCCCCCAUAACAUGGCGCGUGGGAGCUGAAGGCAGUUCUGGUGCUGUCUCUGGCUGCCUCUCUCACCUGAGACUGUACAGAGUGGGGCCCAUGUCCUGCCCCCCCCGCACUGUGCUGAGCCUCAGGAGCAGCUGGUUGCUGGGCAUUUCCCAGCCACCCUUUGCAUAUCAUAUCAGAGUAUUUUAAUGAACAACAAAAAUAACCAGGAAAAUAUAUUAACCCCCAUCUUGAUUGGCAGGGUCUGAUCAGCUGGGAGCCACUCCCACCUCCAACAGCAGAGCGAUCUCAUGGCAUGGGGGGAGCCAACAAACAGGGAGCUCGGUCAGACCCAAGUGACAGACGCUUUGCUGGCAUUGCCUCCAGCCUGUGCAGCGAAGCGGUGACGUAGGCAUGGCUAGGCCAAAGCUGCCAGUGAAAGGGAUCCCCAACCGCUUAGUGUUGCCACUCUCCUCCAUUUCACUUCCCCGUCAAGUGCAUGAUGCUAGCUGGGCUCAUUCACGUUGCCAGUGUUUCCAGCUGUGCACAUUUCUCUGUGUACCGUGUGCUUGUCAGUCACUUAGCGUCUGCAUGACGAAUCUCGUGUUCUUGCUGUAUGGGAGGAAUGAGCCAAUAAAGGCAAUGUUACAUUUC